AUGCGCUUUUACCAUUCGCCCCAACAAGAUCAACCAUACACCGAGGGGAAAUGCACAGUAGAGCUCGGUCGCAUUCUGGAGACAUCGCCCAAGGUUGCUAGAUUACUGCAAGCUAUCUUUGCUCUCAACAAGGAUAGUCUACGACGUGGUAUCACUUGCCGGCCUUGUGCAGGAACACAACAAGCGAGUCGAAUGGGAUAUUAUGAUGGACAAUACAAACGCAUUGUGAUUUGUUGUGACAAUAUCCAUUCCGAGAAACAAUUGGAGUCCACAUUGGUGCAUGAGCUGGUCCACGCUUUUGACAGGAUACGCACAGGGACAUUUUCAACCAUGUGUCAUUUGAUUGCAUGUGGCGAGAUUCGUGCUUCAGCAUUAGGACAAUGUCAUGAUAUCAAAUCGCCACAGCGUAAACGAGAAUGUAUAUGGGAAGAUGCUAUUCGAUCGACAGCUGUUCACUGUGGAGGAAGGACGACUGCUGAAAUGUAUAUACGACAAGUCUUUGACAAGUGUGUUCAGGAUAGAGCCCCGUUUAAUAUAGCUCAUGGAUCAUGA